UGCCGGCCGGGAUGGGCGUUCCGCGAGUUAGUAGCACCGCGUCAGCCGAGCUCGAGCUCGGUCGUGCAAGGCGGCCGCACCUGUUGAUCCUCGACGAUUCACGUGAAGCGCGCCUCACAGAAGAAAGUUGGAAGCCCGAAGGCAUAGAAACGCAAUCUGGUGGAGUGCUGGGCAGUUCCUUGGAUUACGCUGCAGCUUUGAUGCUGGCUGCUAUGGCGGCCGUGCUACUUGCCGCUGUGGGUUACCAGUGUGCUGCUACAUGGAGGUGGUUAAUGGGCAGUUGUUACAGGAGCCGACGUAAUUCCCAGGACAGCAAUUGUGAUUCCCUCUCCCGACAGGCGGCGAUACGAAUAAGUCACUCUCUCCCCGACCUACAAACUGAGCCCUUGAAAGAGGAGUAUGUUCAGGAACACAAGGAUACAGCUAAAAAAGUUCUAAGACAGACGACUCUGCCAAUAGUCCCCGACCGCCAUCAGACAUUUCAAAGACAGCUAUCCCACCGAUUGGAUCUACCUUCGAUACAGUUCAGCAUAUGCAGUUUGGAGCGAGCUGACUCUUCUAUUGGACUUAUAAAACCGGAAUUGUACAAGAAUGAACUGGUUCGCCAAUCAUCAACAGACAGUGCUGAACUUGAGUUCUGUGGUAAACUACACUUCGCGUUGAAGUACGACCAGGAGGUGGAAGCUUUGGUUGUCAAGAUAUUCGAAGCCCGUGACCUGCCUAUCAAGGAUGUAACCGGAAGUAGCGACCCGUACAUAAAAGUCUUCCUUCUGCCAGACCGGAAAAAGAAAUUCCAGACUAAAGUACACCGGAAGAACCUCAACCCUGUCUUUAACGAGACGUUUUUGUUCAGCGUCCCCUACGAAGACCUUCGUCAACGCUACCUACAAUUCUCCGUGUAUGACUUCGACCGGUUCAGCCGACACGACCUCAUCGGUCAUGUGGUGCUUAAAGGUCUACUCGAGUCUGCAGACCUGACUCAAGAGAUUGAGUACACUAUGAACAUUUUGGCUCCACCACAGGAGAAAAAGGAUCUUGGAGAGCUCAUGCUAUCUCUCUGCUAUUUGCCUACUGCGGGCCGACUGACUGUCACUGUUAUCAAAGGAAGAAAUCUUAAAGCCAUGGACAUUAAUGGAUCUUCUGAUCCCUAUGUGAAAAUCUGCCUCAUCUGUCAAGGGAAACGAAUAAAGAAAAAGAAAACUACUGUCAAAAAGAACACACUGAACCCCGUCUACAACGAGGCGCUUGUUUUUGAUCUACCCGCAGAAAAUGUCUACGACGUCACACUGCUCAUAAAAGUUAUUGAUUAUGAUUUAAUUGGACAAAAUGAAUUAAUCGGCUGCACGGCAAUUGGUUCCAACAUGAUCGGCAUUGGUCGUGAUCACUGGUUGGAGAUGUUGGACAACGCUCGGAAACCAGUCGCACAGUGGUACCCAUUAAACAAAAGCCUACCCACCAAUGUACCAGUCUCGACUAAAGACCAUAAGGACCAGAAUGCCGCUUUGAACUGUUUAAAUGUAAGAUGAAGAGACUUCCAAACACGUGAUCGCCAGGUAUGUCAAACGAAAUCAGGUAAUCUCGCGAUGCCAAAAGAUUUGUGUAAUUAGUGGUCUUAACGGUUGUAUGUCCAUUUACUGUAGAAUUCUAGUGAUAUUCUUGUGACGAGAUAAAAAUGAUUAAUUAUUCUAUUGAUAUAUAUAAACUGGACGUAGAUUAAGUACUAAAGGAUGAGCCCGAGAAUCUGUAUAGAUAAAUUGAUUCACAUACCAGCGAUAACAGGCUUUCUAUUAAGAGGCGAAGGUUCUAUCUUUCGUUUCUGUUUUUCGUGUAAUAUAGGAUCGUUAAACAAACAAAUGUUUUGAUUUAGCUUCGUUAUAUCACGAUUAGUUAACUUAUUAAUUGUACGUAUCUUAUUAAAGGAUAUGAUAUAUAAUUAUGUGUCAAUACGGAAGUUAAGAGACCAAUGUAAGCUUUUUCAUAACUGAAUCUCAUGGUAUUUAACCAACAUGAACUUUAAGAAGUUUUAUGAUUAUGACGACGAUGUCUUAUUCCGAUAUACUCCUCAAUCAUACAUUUGCUGUCUAUAAGGUUACUUCACAUCAACUUUCAAAUAUUGCCGAAAAUAGCACUAUUAUUGGCAAAAGCACCAGCGUAACUAAUAAAAACUAGAUUUUUAUGAACUCGUUUGAAUUGUGAUACAGAGUUUAAUUCCGUAAAUUAUAUAACCUUAAUAAUUUUACGCAUAACUCAAUGAUUAUUAAUAUCUAAGUAAGGUGUUAAGUAAGCUUUUGUAGUCUUAACAGGAAUAUAAUGUUUUGAACAUAGAAAUACAACAAUGUACGUGAAAGUGGUGGAGGUGGUGUAUCAUUUAUUUUUGGGAAUAAUAAUUAUUAGCCAAAAGCCAAGAUAUAUGUUAUAAUUUUCUAAAUACCUAUAUGUUAUUCAACUUACAUUUAACUUAAGAACUCAUGUAUUUUUAACGUUUAUAGAUGCCGUGUCCUUGGUACGUUUACCGUAUACUGUAAUUUUUUUGGUCAGUGCCAAAACUUAAAGAAGUCCACCGAUUUUUAAAUCUCCAGCCCUGCUUAAUUAUAACAGCUCUAUUAGUCUUGUGGUGUAAGAAUAGAAAUAGUCAUUUUUAUCUCGAAAGUAUGAGUAGAUAUAAUGUUAUUGUAGACAGAGUUUCCAUUAGAUUUCUUUAAAAUAUACCCAAUAUUUUGAUGUACGUAGCUAUGUGUUAGAUAUAUUAUCAUUGUCAUCCCUAUUCCUUUAUUUCCUGUCUUAAAAAUUGGGUUAGAUAACAUUAAUUUUAGAUUUAUUGACACAUACAUAUCUAUAACAUUAGAAAGGGAUUUAUGACAAAGAUUUUAAGAUUACGUAAACAAGAUGGCGGGUCCACAGACUAUAAAAUCAUAGAUUAAAAUUCUACUCCACAGAAUAUUUUUCGAUUAACUCAACACUUUAACUAAGUGAUUUAUUCUGCACGUGGCGAACUAACCCAAUUGUUGAGAUUACUUAACCAUAUCUACCAUUUUCUAUAUUUAUAAACUUUGUAAACUAUGUACAAACGCACAUUUCAAAUGAAGACUAUGUAUUAUCCAUAGUUAUAAUUGUUGUCAAUCAAAUGUUAUAUGUAUAUUCAUAUCAAAUGUAUAAUUAAAUAAAUAUUACUUUACCUAUUAUAUUUUAGGCUAUAUACGAGUUUCAGGUGAAUAUCAAAACCAAUACUUUUUUGAAAUACACGAUAUGCUUAGCAAAAUUUUGACACUAAAUCUGACUCCAAGAUUUCUUAGAGAAAAGAACAAGAAGAAUCACUAUUGCAUCGUUUCAUUCAUUUUUUAUCUACUGCGAUACAUUACCUCAGAAUAAAGCUUAUUUUAAAUUAAUUAACAUAUUAAACUAAUGAAGGGCAAUAAAGAUGCCCAUAAUAUAAAUAUAUAAAUCUUUUGUUUCUGGAAAUAUCAAAAAAGACCUUUUGCUUACAUAUAGUUUUAUAUAUUGUUAUACUUAAAGGUUUUUUUAAUUAGCAAGGAAUUUUUUAAACUUUUCAAUAAAAAACACUUUUUUUGGAUUAAAUGCGUUUAAUUAUUCGGUAAUUUGAAUUUUAUUGAGGGACUUAUGGAUUAUAUAAUUCAUUAUUUUGUAAUACGUCUCCAGUAACGCAUAUGACGAAUUGUAAUUGGUAGAGAAAGUUAGAAUUGAGUUUUGUGUAUUUCAUCUUAUUGAUAUUCAUUUAUUGGAAUGAACUGGGCCUCUGAACUCUAACUGUGCGUUUUCUCCCCUUGCCAAACUGCAAGGUGGUCACUUUUAUAAAUCUAGAAUGGAAUAAUGAAACAUGAUUUAACUUAUGUUAUUGAUACUUAGUUUUCCAACUCUCGCUUUACAUGAAUUUUGUGUGGCAUUUAUGAAUUUGUAUAAAGCAGCGAUGCAAUGUAAAGCGCAAUUUUUCUAAUUGAUAAAGCACCUCAGCACAUUUAAUUUAGAUUAUGCUAAUAUGAAUGUUUAACAUUCUCUCAUGUCUGACAAUAAGUAGAUGUUUGCGAAAUAGAUUUCAUUUGUUACAUUAGCAGCGCCGUUGAAAACGACAUAAUAUGCAAAUUAAGCUUUAACGUGUUCGUCAUAAUGAUGUAAGUAUUGUUAAUUUAUAUUUUAUAACAAUGUAUUUAGCCGAGAUUCCUAGAAAUUCUCUAUAUUUCUAUGAAAAGUUGACGAGACGCUAGUGACGGACGAGUGGCUUUAGAGUGUUGCAUUUAAACUGGAUUGAGUUCACUUUAACCCUUUUCUUUCUAUAAAAGGAAUCGAGCAGAAACAUCUUAAAAUCUCACUCCGUGCGUUAGGGACGAGAACCUUUAUCUCAACCUUAAUCUUUAAUUGAUAUAGCUAGUCAAACUUAUCGUCUUUACAAAUGAUGUGUAUGUAAAAUCUUAUACGCCCAGUUAUUAUUAUUUAUUUCUAAGUAAAGGCCAGAUUACGGCGCAUUAGUAUGUGGUUUUCUAUGCGGAAAGGCUCGUCUGUCACCUAAUUAGCAACUGCAUCGCAAUUUACAUUUCUGAACAGCUUGUCCAGUAGACAUUAUAUAAUACAUUUAAACCGUUUUUUAAUAUAUUUAUAAUAAAAAUAGUUUAACGUAACCUUUGCUAACCUUUCAUUUAUUAUAUAAAUAGUAGAUUUUCUAUGUUGUAUAGAUAUUAAUCGAGCCAAGGCAUAGCUUAAAAAUUUCUUGAUAUAAGGCAGAAUUUAGAUGUUAUAGUUUCGAUGUUAUAUCAAUAAUCGAUGUUAAAAAAAAUUACAGUAGUUUUUUCCAAUCUUCAACACAAUACCUCAACCUAUUUUUUACUACUACCACAUUAACACUCAGCUCGGCCGUUGUCGGAAAUAUUUGCAUCGUCGCCAGUUCAUACUCAGCUCUCAAUAGCAGAGGUAGCUCGGCUGAGCUAUUUGUAGACUCAUACUGCCUACUUCCUGUUGCAAGUCCGACAGGGCUGAUUGUAAAUGUGUCAUUAAAACUGAUUCUGAAAAGCGUAAUAGAUCGAUUUCCUUAAUUAUGCGCGAUUGCAUUCAACUCGAUUUUUAGAUCAUGUUAUGACGUUUAUAACGUAACAUAUACGGGAAUCGUUCUACAGAAAUAACUACGCACGUUUUGAACGCAGUAGAGUAAGCACAAUUUUUUUUAAUACUUCUAAUAUGAAUUACGUUUAUUUAAGAAUUUUCAAUUAUAUUGGAAGAAGAGUGAUUAUUUUUGUACGAGCUAUCGUAGUGUUCUUCGUUAAGUCUUUACUGUAAAUCUGUCUAGAUG